CAUCUGACUUCAGUCUAGAUGAAGGAUGAGCUUCUCGGGCAUAGACAUUGUCCAUCCUGCUGAUGCUCCCUCCUCGUCUCAUCGUAAACUCUUGUGCACCCUCUGGUGCUUGCUAGUCUCCCAAACUUCUUUGUGUAGCCUGCUUUGCAGAUUGUCUUCCUUGUCUGUGUGGUUGCUCAUUAUUCAGAGACAGACGGAUCUCAGGUCAUCUGCAGCUGCAGCGAAGGAGAAGCAGGAAAGAUGGCGAUCAUCCAUUAGACCGACCGGGCGCACGCAUGAAAUACGAGGACAACUUUGGGGAGGAUCGCUCGAGGAGAAGAUUGUACCAGUUUCCCUGAUUUUCCAGGGUGUUCUCCCCCUUUUCAGCGAUGGAGGUGCUGCAGUGUGACGGCUGUGACUUCCGUGCCGAGUCCUACGACGACUUGAAGACCCACAUUCAGGAAGUGCACACUGUUUUCCUGCAGCCCUCAGAUGCUGAAGAGUCGGACUCUCUGAGAGAAGACGAUGAGAAUGAGGAGGAAGAAGAGGAAAAUGAGGAGAAGGAAGACAAGGAAGACAAGGGUGACAAGGAUUACGCGCCUCCUAAAGCUGGAAUGAGUCCCAACUCGUCUGAAGGCCCCGACCAAACAUCACAGAAACCAACUACUGAAACCCAUCUCCCGUUUUACCAAUGCAAGUUUUGUGUCCGUUACUUCCGGUCAAAGUCGUUCUUACGAAAUCACACCAAAAAGGUCCAUAACGUCCCAGAGGAGGAUCCAGAUGCAAGUGUCUCCCCAGACGCCGCCAAGCAGGCCAGCUACACUGUAAUAAUGCACAACGAUCACUCAAAAGUGUAUUCCUGUCAGUAUUGCACGUACAAAUCUCCCCGCAAAGCAAGGAUCUUGAAACACCAGCUAAUGUAUCACAACAAAGUUCCCUCCAGCAGCACCGGAGAUCAACCGGAGCCCAUCAAGGGUGACGAGGAAUCAGAAGCAGAUGCCGGACUUGUCAAGGGAACAUUUUCUUGCGAAUGGUGCGACUACCAGACUGACCAGAAAGACAGCUGGACUAACCAUGUGGUUAAAGAACACAGUGGCAAGAUGGACGUCAUUUCCGACACUGAAAAUCAAGAAGGGGAACCAAGCGCAAGCUCGCCCAAGCCCAGUUCUCCCGCUUCUUCCCCUAGCCCGACGGGGUCAAACGUGAUUUUGAGCGGAAAGGACGACUCUGUGGGAAAAGCAGAACAAAUGGUGGAAAAGUCAGUUGCAGAAAUCUCCUCCAUUCAGUACGCACAGAUAAGUGCCGUCACACCCAACAGCACAGGUUCUUCGAUUUUGUCGAAAAGAUUCGCCUCCCCUGAUGUCUCCAACAGUGCUUCUCAUGUGGACACUAACUUGGUCAACGAUGAUAACUCAAGGAGCAGCUUGGAGGAUGAUGACGACGACGAAGAAGUGGGCGAGAUAGACGACCCCAACUAUACGGGAACCCUCUCUGCGGAUGCAAAGCAGCUGCUAUCGGAUGGCGAUAAUAAAUUACUGGAAACUAAAGGAAUUCCGUUCAGGAGGUACAUGAACCGAUUCCAGUGCCCCUUUUGCUCCUUCCUCACGAUGCACAGGCGGAGCAUCUCCCGCCACAUUGAAAACAUUCACCUCUCCGGCAAAACCACAGUGUUCAAAUGCGACGAAUGCCCCUUUAUCUGCACCAGCGCUUUGAAGCUCGGCACGCACAAACAGAGCCACAGUCCCUCGGACUUAGAGACAUUGGACCUCACAGGCGACAGCCCGGAGCCUCAGAACGACGGUGCCGCAGAGCCGCUAAACGGGGGCAGUAUAAGCUCCAGAGUAAAUGGGAAGAAGCCAACCAGCACAUCAAAUGACCAGCAGAACCCUCACCGCUGCACGCUCUGCAGCUUCUCUACCACCACUCUGAAAGGUCUGAGAGUCCACCAGCAGCACAAGCACUCCUACUGUGAUGACCUAGACUCCAACGUCUUUGAAAGCCAGAUGAGCGACCAGCCAGACGCCGAAGCAGAGGCUUUUCCGAUGUUUCUACAAAAAACCCAGACCUCGAUAUUAGGAUCGGCCACCAAGAAAACAUUAGUCACGGGAAAAAGAGCUAGAAAGUCCAUAAAUGACUUGCCUUUGGAUCUGUCCUCGGUCAAAAAGCGAACUAGAAUUGAUGAAAUCGCCAGUAACCUUCAAAGCAAGAUAAGCCAAAGUCAGCAGGAUAUGAUCAUCAACCUGGAUGACAUGGACGAUGAAGAUGGGGAGAACAAUGGCAGCGGGGACGAGAGUGGUAACCAUGACAACAAAAACCCGGUCUUUACGUACAACACGCAUCUGUUUCAUCAAGAUUCCCCAAUCUCUCACGAAGGGGGCAGAAUAGGGAAACGAAAAAGCAACCCCAAGUUGAAACCCAGGAACAUUCCAAUAUCUCUGACUCUCUCCGACGACGGUGAGAAUAUCUCGGCUGAUCCGAGUGACGGCGGCAUCCACGAGAACAUGGACUAUUCAGAUGAUUCUGGGACCAUGCGUUUCUACUGCAAACACUGUGAUUACCACAACAAGUCAGCUCGAAGUGUCAGCACUCACUAUCAGAGGAUGCACCCUUACAUCAAGUUCAGCUUCAAGUACAUCCUGGAUCCGGAGGACCAGAGUGCCGUCUUUCGCUGUUUGGAGUGCUACAUCGAAUACACAAACUACAACGACCUGCACCAACACUACAUGGAUCAUCACCCGGAAGCAAGCAACGUGCUCAACUUCAACCAACCGCAUCUUCUGUACAUGUGCCGCUUUUGUUCGUACACAAGCCCAAACGUCAGGAGCCUGAUGCCUCAUUACCAAAGAAUGCACCCCACUGUAAAGAUCAACAAUGCCAUGAUCUUCUCCAGCUACAUUGUCGAGCAGAGCAACAAGACCAGUGAGUCGCAAACGCUGCGAGAGAUAUUGAACUCCGGCCCCAAAAGUUUUAACUCAUCAUCUUCAGCGCCCAGGUCCUCCUCAAGCCCAGUGCUGAAAACGGUCCCCAAGUCUCCAGAGGCCGGUGCCGAGACAGAACCCCUUAAAGAAACUAUCAGCAAUGUGGUUGUCUACGACUGCGACGUCUGCUCCUUUUCCAGUGCCAACAUGCACUCUGUGUUAGUCCACUACCAAAAGAAACACCCCGAGCAAAAGGCCUCUUAUUUCCGUAUACAGAAAACAAUGAAGGUGGUCUCAGUUGAUCAGUCGCACCCUUUAGCCAACUCCUCCUUCAGCCCUACCAUCUCCAGCACUACAAAACAGUCCAAUGUCAGCGUGUAUGGAUCCGAUGAAGAAAUGUACUACUGUAAACACUGCGUGUACAGCAACAAGUCUGUUGUGGGCGUGCUGGUCCAUUACCAGAAAAGACACCCGGAAGUGAAAGUGACGGCUAAAUACAUUAAGCAUGGCCCCCCCACCCCUGGUCUGAUGAAAUUAAUGGAUGAACUGCAGAUCGCUGCUCCCAAGCAAUUUUUGAAGCAAUUUCAAAACAACGGCCACGGCGGCUCCAAAAACUCGAGCUCCAAGCUCGGAGGCGGGGAGAAGGGGGAGGAAGAGCUCUUCUUCUGCCAGCACUGUGAUUACGGCAACCGCACCGUGAAAGGGGUGCUAAUCCACUACCAGAAAAAGCACAGGGAGACCAAGGCCAACGCCGACCUGGUGCGGCGUCACACGGCGGUGGUGCGGAGUCAGCGCGAGCGCGCACAGAUGGUCCAGUCCAGCAGCGCUUCCUCCACCGCGAUAUCGGCUUCUGCCGACCAUGAAAACGCGACACCCAUGCGCUCCCUUAAGUGCAGGCACUGUUCCUACACAACCCCGUACGUGUAUGCCCUGAAGAAGCAUCUGAAGAAGGAGCACCCUACUGUCAAAGCCACAGCCAUGACUAUUUUACACUGGGCGUACCAAGACGGCAUUCUAGAGGCGGGUUAUCACUGCGAGUGGUGCAUUUAUUCUCAUGCUGAUCCCCAGGGCCUUCUGCUUCAUUACCAAAGACGCCACCCCGAGCAUAACGUUGAUUACGCGUACAUGGCCAGCAAGCUGUGGGCGGGGCCAGAAACCACCCAGCACGGGGGAAAUAUCGACGGCAAACAUUACAAAUGUAGAGACUGUGCCUUUGAGGCUUGCUCAAUUUGGGACAUCACAAGUCACUACCAGGCUGUUCACCCCUGGGCUAUCAAAGAGGAUGAAUCGGUGCUUUUGGACAUCAUCAAAGGGAACGGCUCCGCAGACAAGUUUGAGCAGCAAGUCGCAAAGGAACACGGGCUUCUGAAUUGCCAGUCGGACGAAGGAACACUAGUUAUUGACGCCCCGCCACAAGAAAGCUAUUCCCACCCACGCCUUUCCAUUUCCAACAACCCUUACCAAUGUACCGUGUGUCUGUCAGAGUACAACAGCCUCCACGGCCUCCUCACGCACUACGGCAAGAAGCACCCGGGCAUGAAAGUAAAAGCUGCAGAUUUUGCACAAGAGGCAGACAUCAACCCCAGCUCUGUUUAUAAAUGCCGCCACUGUCCGUACGUGAACUCCCGCAUUCACGGGGUCCUCACUCACUAUCAGAAACGCCACCCGCUGGUGAAGGUCACCGCUGAGGACUUUGCGGACGACAUAGAGCAAAUCUCGGAGUUGCACGAAGGCGACGACAAGUUCAAGACUCAGAGGCAGGGCUACGGUGCCUACAGAUGCAAAAUGUGCCCGUACACCCACGGCACGCUGGAGAAGCUCAAAAUCCAUUAUGAGAAAUAUCACAAUCAGUCGGCCUCAGAUAUUUUCACCCCCUCUCUGGGUAAUUUUUCCUCCUGCAGGGAUACGGAGCCGAUGGCUGAAUGCAGCGGCAGCAAUAUGUCCAGCUCUGCUAAAGUCCAGGAGGUGAGUGAGUUGGACCUUGCCCUCUCUCAGUUACCCAUCAAUAAGCCAGAGAAACACGCCGUGUUCAAGUGUCAGCUCUGCAAGUACUUCUGCUCCACAAGGAAAGGCAUCGCUCGCCACUACCGCAUCAAGCACAACAACGUGCGCGCCCAACCGGAGGGUAAAAACAACGUCUUCAAGUGCGCUCUGUGCUCGUACACGAACCCCAUCCGCAAAGGCCUGGCAGCGCACUACCAAAAGCGGCACGAUAUCGACGCCUACUACACACAUUGCCUGGCCGCCUCCAAGACGAUGAGCGACAAGCCCGCCAAAGUGAUCGCUCAGCCGCCCUCAGACGGGGAGUGCUCGGAAAUGAGCGAAGAGCUGCGUCUGGCGGUGGAGAAGCGGCAGUGUAAUCUCUGCGGCUUCCAGGCCUUCAGCAGAAAGAGCAUCGUCUCGCACUACAUUAAACGCCACCCGGGCGUCUUCCCCAAGAAGCAGCAUUCCAGCAAGCUCGGCCGCUACUUCACCGUUCUUUACGCCAAGGAGCCGGAGAAGGCCGAGGACGGCACGCCGGACGAAGAGGACAAGGAGGUGCUGGAGGUCCCGCUUGAGCCAGAGGAGGAGGACGACGACUGGCUUCCUUUCAAGUGUCUGAAAUGCUACCGGUUGUCCUUUAGCACGGGACAGCUGCUAUCUAUGCACUACAAUGACCACCACAGCGUGGACCUGAAGAGGGACUUCUUGGUGUCGUCUAUCCCCGAGGAUGAGGAGUCAGAGCUAUACGAAUGCUCCCACUGCGAGCUAAAGUUUACGGCUCUACCUGAUCUGGCGGACCAUCUCCUGAAUCACAACGAGGAGUUCGAGAAGAGGGUUAUGAGAAUUGAAACGAAGAAGCAGCUUCUUGGCAAGCAGAAAGGAGCCGAGCAGCCGAACAAUAAACUUGAGAAGGAAAGCCUUACAAAUAAAACCCCCAUAGGAUUCAGGUGCAACUUCUGCGUGGAGAUCCACCCGACCCUCCGAGCCAUCUGCAACCAUCUUAGGAAGCAUGUCCAGUACGGAGAAGCCAAACGGGGUCAUGUCAAGCAGGAAGUCUCUGAUGUCCCCCUAACCCUGUCUUCAAACACUCUAACCAACGGCGACCUGGAGGAGGAAGAGGCAGCCCAAGUCGACGGCAUUGACAGACCCGAAACCUCAUUGCUCGCCUCCCCAUUCUCAACGCAUUCUGCCGAUCAUCAUGUCGACGACGUCGAGCUGGAGACCCUGGAGCCGGACCGGGACGUCGUCGAGGGGAGAGCGGCCGCCCUCGUGGCCGCCGCCAGGGCCGUGGUGUCGGGCAGCCAGCUGAAUCAGCGGCUGGCGGCCGGGGGUCACCCGUGCUCCCAGUGCGACCGGGUCUUCAUGUCCAUGCAGGGGCUGAGGUCCCACGAGAGGAGCCACUCGGCCAUGGCUCUGUUCAGCAAGGAGGACAAAUACAGCUGCCAGUACUGCCACUUCGUCUCGCCCUUCAGACACAACCUGGACAGACAUGUGCAGUCUCACCAUGGCCACCACAAGCCGUUCAAGUGCAAGUUCUGCCCCUUUAAAUCUGCCUACGCAAGUCGCCUGAAGAGCCACCUGCAUAAGGCCCACACAGGUGAGCAGCACACAUACAAGUGCUUGUCCUGCCCCUUCUCCUCUAUGACCAUCAGCCAGCUGAAGGAGCAUUCUCUGAGGGACCACGGCGAGGCUUUGACCCUGCCUAAGCUACGGGCUGCUACCCAGGCUGCGCACGCCGCCAUCAGGCUCCCCCGGCAGGCCGUUCACACCGACCACGCACAUCUGACCCCAGAUGCCUCUUUCUCGGAUCCGUCGGACCUGGAGCCGGCCGACGUCUGUCAGCAGUUCGGUCACUACCAGAUGGCUUCCCCGAGUCAGAUGUCUUCCAGCUUUCAACCCGGGGGGUCCGCGGCAUGCGACGGCCGUGCAGACGCCAUCCACACGUGCGAGUUCUGCGAGUUCAGCUCCGGAUACAUGCAGAGCCUGCGGCGGCACUACAGGGACCGCCACGGUGGCAAGAAGCUCUUCAAGUGCAAAGACUGCUCCUUCUUCACCUGCUGCAAGGAUAACUUCUCAAUGCACGUCGAGGCUGGUCACAACAACAGUGGAAGCGAGGAGCUGCAUAAGGAGCUGCACUGCCCUCUCUGCCUCUACCACACCAAACACAAGAGCAACAUGAUCGACCACAUUGUGCUGCACAGAGAGGAACGUGUGGCUCCCCUGGAGAUCAGCCGCUCCAAGCUGUCGCACCACCUAGAGGGCCUCGUGUUUCGCUGCCACAAGUGCACCUUCACAUGCUCAAGUGACCAUGCCCUGCAGCUCCAUCUGGAGCAGCACGACGAGUUCAAGCCCUACCAGUGCCAGCUCUGCUACUAUGACAGCAGCCGCCGCAGCCAGCUAGAGGAGCACCUUCGCCUUGAGCACAAGGUUAUCCGUAACUUUGAGCUGAUGGGCCGAGUCAACCUGGACCAGCUGGAGAUGAUAAAGGAGGAAGAGAGUAGCGCGGAGGAAGACGAGGAGAGUGAAAUUUUGGCGAUGGUGGUGGACGGAGAGUCCUCCAAGCAGGAGGAGGAUGAUGAGGAGGAGGAGGAGGAGGAGGAUGAUGACGAAGAUGAUGGAAUGCAAAUCGUUGAGACCAUGGUACAUGACCAGGAGGAAAUGGAUGACAAAGAUGCGGAGGUAAACAUCAAGGAGGAGAAUGAGGGGGUGGAGGAAGAGGAGCAAGAAGAGGAAGAGCUACAGGAGGAUGAGGAGGAGGAGGAGGAGGAAGGAGAGGAGGAGGAGGAGGAAGAGGAACAAGAAGUCAAGGAGGUGGGGAAGGAAAACCCUGUACCGCAAGAGGUCCUUGCAUCUCCCAGCAGUACCAGCUCGGGGCCAAGCUGUGGAGAGAAGCGACUUCCCUGCGAGUUCUGCGGCCGCUGCUUCACUAACAACCUGGAAUGGGAAAGACACGUCCUGCGACACGGCAUGGUAGUUGAUAGCAGUCGCCUGGACACCAGCUCCACUUCAGCCAUCGAGGCCUCGGCUCCGUCCUCCACCGACUCCUCCGUGAACGCGGACUCCAGACUGGACCUGGCCAGCGACGGCAAAGAGGAAGAAGAUCCCACCGAUCUCUCACUGACUAGUCAAAGCCAGUACGUGGAGGACAAAGAAUCGCUUCACACCAAAAAGGAUCAGCAGUCUCCUUGAACUGAUUGUAGCGUCGACAUGCUUAGAAAAAAAAUAAAUUUGGAAAAAUCAGCGCAGAAACCUUUGGGAGGCAGAAAUUGAAAGAAAAGUGACUUUUUAUCAGUUGGUGCAUUAGUAGAUUUUUUUUUUUUUUUUUUUUUUUUUUUUAGGUGUUACAUAUAUAAGUAUUAGGUUGUGCUGCAUAAAAACGUCGGAGCCCCUUUAAAUGGGCGGUCCCCUUGGACAGAACUUAAUAUAUUGGUAACCAAUAGUGAACAGAACUCUUUUUAUCGCUGACAUUCUGGUCAAAUCCACCGUGAAAGAUCCCUACCUUGAUGAAACCAAGCUAUUUAUGAAGAGUAUUGUCCAAAUCGAUGACUUAAAGUUAGCAUUUUAUUAUUUCAAGCAUCUUUUGCUUCGUGCUCUCUUCCCCCCCCGGCUCAUCCAGGUUUGGUGAUAUAUAUUUUUUUUACCUUUUAAACCAACGAUGGGUGAAAAAGUUUGCCCCACUGAACAGCGACCGGUUCUUAUUUCUUGGUGAAAUUCUGGACUUUUCUUUCCGUUUUGUAUUAAAUGUGUGGGAAUUUUCCUUUAGAAUCAAUGGCACCUUACCUAUGUUAGUAAAACCCCAAAUCAUCUUUUCUUCAUUUUAGAGAUUUUGAACUUUUUCCCCAGCCUUUGUAGCAAAUUGCUAUAAUCUAGGUCCCUUUAUAUUAUAUUAUACUGAGUAUAAGCCUUCUACCUGUUCUGCCCGGCUCCUUUAUCCUUUCCUUUCUGUUUGUCCUGUUCAUUGGUGAAAUUACGCAACUCCCCGUUAUCCCUGUCAGAUGUCAUGUUGGUAAUAGACCUACAGAUAUGUUUCAAGUGUCAUAACUGUACCCAUGUCCGUUUUUAAAAAUAAGGAACAACUGAAUAAUAGGUUUAAAAAAAAAUAAUGGCCUCUUGAGGAAGGCAGAUUACACUUGUCUUUUCAGUGCUGAGUGUUGGGUU